CUGGACUUCAGUAAUAGAGUCGAUGUGAAACCGUACGCAGUUGUUUCUUUGUUGUGCCAUUUCUACACUGGUUUUUUUGCUGGAGGACUUUUUACCAUUUUGAUUUUAAGAAGAUACAUAUCUGAAUUACUUUUUACGUCCUAUGAACCAGAGAUGCAAAAUGCUGUGCUAUAUUUCACAACCUAGAUUAGGUCCUAAUCGUCAGUGUACGGUUAUUGAGACCGAUAUAGAUCCCAAACAAAUCGGACAAGUCCUCCUGGAUAAGGUAAGUAGCCUACUUGGACUAGCACUAGGAAGCGAUGUUUUGUUUACAAGAGUGAACUCAAAUUAAUUAGGGUUUUCAUGGGGUAGAUCAAUCUUGAUAUAAUUACAGUGUCUUAUAAUGCGCACAUCGCAAUUUAUUCUUUUUAAAAUAGUAUACAAUUUGUAAUUGUAGAUACAUAAACCCUGAAAGAAAAAAACUUUAAAAGUGAAAACAGCAUACUUGGCCCAUCGCCAGCACUGAUCAUUGAGAUAAUGGCAAUGGGGGGAAUAAGUUUUCUUUGUUGACAAAGAAAUUAAGUCUACUGCUACUACUAACUAAUGAUUAAUGAAUAAUGUCAAAAGGGAUCCAAUCAAUUGAAGUUGACCAACAUUUGAUUAAAAGUAAUAGUGCAGAUCAAUACUUCUGCAACGACUAAGAGCCUUUUGCAGUGCACAAGAGAGAAAAGAAACAUGACCCAAUUCUCUGAAUCUGACGUCAUGAUCAGCUGGAAGAGUAAUGGCCUAACAGAGUCCAAAGUCCAAUAUCAGUGCGCUAAUCAAGGUUAAAGGGUGCUGCUGAAACUUCUGCAGGAUGUAAAAAGAAAUUGUAACAUUCGCUGAGUCUUAAUGAUACGAUCGUCAAUAAUAAAGUGAUAACAGUUAAAUUUUCUUACAUUGAUUCAUUGAUAUAAUUUUAAUUGUGGUAAAUUGUAAUGGAGAAGAAAUUAAUGUCAAAUUAAAAUUAUUUUUGUAGUAUAAUAGUAUAAUCAUUUGUAAUAACCUGGCCUACUACUAAUAUUACUAGGCCAGGCCUAUUCAUUAUUAUUAUUAAUAUUAAUAUUAUUAAUGAUGAUUAAAUUAUCAAUUAGUCUAAUUAGUAAAUUAGCUUGAGUUAUUAGUAGAAUAGGCUUAGGUUUACUUUUCUUUUCAUGCUGCAUUUUACAUUUAGAGAAUAUCAAAAACACUGAAAGGAAUGGUCAAUGGUAAUCACUGGUAAUGGGCAGUAUAUUUAAAACAAAAUGAUUAAUGAAUGCAGGAUCAGAAGCUGAGAAUAAAUGAUAUGAAUAUGAUCAAACUUUACGAUUAUGCUUUAGGCUUUAGGCAUAAAAAAGUUAUAAAUGUAAGAUGUCAAAUCUUUUUGCUUAUACUUUAGUUAUACUUAUAAUCUACCCUAGUUUCAAUGAAAUGGUAAUACUAAUGUUCACUUUAGCUUUUAAACUUUAGCCAGCAGGGUGUUAGUUAUGUAUGCUACUAUAUUAUAAUUAUAUAUGUACUGUGUAGUUAAAAAAUUAAUUGUCAAGCCACUUAAAUUUAAAACUUAAUCAUAUUUUAGUAACACAUUUCUAGGUGUGAAAUGUUGUGCAAUAUCUAUUUCUAAUGUCUAUAUAAAUAUAAUAUUAUAUAUUACUGUCUUAGAUCUUUUGACAUUUUUUGUUACAAUUUGUGUGCAAUUAUACUACGUUUUAAAAACCAUAACAUGACUUCAUGUAUUAUUUAUCAGGUCCUAAAUAAACUGGGCAUUUUGGAGGUGGACUACUUUGGACUGCAGUAUAAAGGACCAAAGAAUGAAGACCUGUGGUUAAAUCUCCGAAAUCGUGUCUGUGAUCAUGAAAUUCAUCGCUCACAUUAUGUUUACCGCUUUAGUCUAAGGGUCAAGUUCUUUGUAGCCCCUCAUCUUGUACAGCAGGAAAGCACAAGGUGACUACAUUUAUUUUUUCAAAGCAACAGAUUUAUUGGCAUUAUUAUUACUCAAACAAACAUUAAAAAUUGUUUGUUUUUUCAUUCUGUGUUUUCACUUACAUUUCUAGUAACAAGUAAAUAUAGUGGUUUUGACCCUUUCCUUCUUUUUAUUGAGAAUCUCCUUAUUUUUUUUUACAGAGAAUUGUUUUAUACUCAAGUCAAAGAUGAAAUGUCGAAAGGAUUGAUAUCACUGACAGAGCCAGAAUGUGAUAAGUCUAAGCUGGCAACAAUUGUGGCACUAAUCACCCAGGCAGAUUGUGGGGACCAAACUGGCAAUGAAUAUCAGAGAACUGUUUAUGCACAGGUUAAUAUCUCCUAUUUAGUUCAGUUGGUUAAUUUUCAACUUUGAUAAGAUGCAUAUAAUUUAAAGGAAAUUUUAUGACUAAAUUUAUACAAUUAAAAACAAACCUAAGACUCGUUAGAAAGUUUAGCACUUAUAUCAUUCAACUUUAUUGUUUGUGCCUUUCCAGAUUCUGAAAGAAAUUUGCCCAAGCUAUGAACCAGACACUUCUAUUCUUGAAAAUGUCCACACACUGCAUUCAAAUUUACGGGGUAUGUCUACUGGCAGUGCUCGCUAUAGAAUGUUAAAAGAAGUCUCAACACUAUCCAGCUAUGGUGUGGAGCAACACAAGGCCAUGAACUCUCAGGGGGAAGAAGUACUUUUCAGAGUUGGCCCUGAUGGAAUAAUGUUAACCGAAGGCAGGGCAAACAUUGUGAAAAUGUAAGCAUGAGUUAUUAUUAAUAUUAUAAUGUUAUUUAAUUUUCAAACGCUUUGUUGUGCCUAAUUGCUAAAUGGAAUUAGUGUGCCUCUAAGUAUACAUUAAAUGCGUUUUUUACGUUUAUCAGCAGUAUUUAGCGUUAGUUAAUAUUAAUUAUUAGUGUUGGUAUGAUCAGUGUUUGUGUUACCAGUGUUUGUGUUAUGGGUGUGUGGUGUUAGUGUUUGUAUGACCAGUGUUUGUGUUAUGGGUGUGUGGUGUUAGUGUUUGUAUGAUCAGUGUUUGUGUUACCAGUGUUUGUGUUAUCAGUGUUUCUAAUUGCAUCUAAGCAUUGGAUUGUAAGUAAUAACUGAAGGAUUUUUUCCUUCUAGGUUGCCUUAUACCCAAAUCAGAUUGGCUACUCACAAUGAGAAAGUGGUUCGCAUUGAGCUUAUUAAUGAUGCAGGAGAAACAGAGAAGGAAGAAUGCUUCAAGCUGAUAAGCAGUAGGGCGGCUGUUGCUCUCUACCGCUGCAUCACAGAAAUGCACUCUUUUUACCGGUGUGAUACCAUCUGUUCAGACGUCCAAUCACAAUACUGCAGGGACUUCAGAGGAACUUUUGUCUCCAUUUUCAACGAGAAUUCAGAUUUAGGUAAAUAAAUAACAAAUAUUUCAAGUUUUAUGUCUUUACAUCUUUAAAAUAACAAAAGGACAUUUUUAAAAUAAUGUCUUUUGUAGUGUAUACCUCGUUAAUGGCUAAUACAAUUAUUUUUCAACAGUUUAUUUUGCUACACAUUUAAGAGCUCUGAUGAACCUUAAAUUCCUUCAAAACAUGGCUUAGCUUAAAAAGAAAAAUAAUUGUAAAAAAGAAAUAAGUAAAUUAAGUGCACAAAUAUUUACUCAUUUUUCUUCAGGGAAACGCUACAUCUUUGACAUUCAGCGCACAAGGCAAGAGGCUUAUGACUAUGUUCGAAGGCAGCUUUAUGCCAGUCCUGAAGCAAGUCCCGCUCACUGUGGCUAUAAUGUUCCUGUGUUUCAGUUUGAUGACCACGAGUUAGGAACACUGGAGAAAACUGACGUUACUGGGAGCAACAUGAACUUGGAAAGAGAUGUCAAGGUGAGCUUAGAUAAAGUAGGCUACCGUGACAGUAAACGACUGAUGACAGAAACAACUCAGCUUCUAAAACAUAUUUCCAAAACAUGAUUUUGUAUCAAUACCGAUUCAUAGUUUUACAUUUUUGACAACAGACUGGCUUAUCGUUUUUUUUUAUCGUUCAAUAAUUUUCAUGUGUAUUAAAAAAAAAAAAUGAAAGGGGUUGUUUUAAUUGGCACGCAGCCAAGAUUAAUUGUGCAAAAACUGAUAGAAAUUUGUAUAAAUGCUAAUUUUUUUUUUGUUUAAAUCCCUCUGAACAGCUUUUGAAGGAAAGAAUUGAGGGCUUGCAGGAUGCACUUCUGUGCUGCAUUUGUAUGGACAAAAUUGUUUGUGUUGUGCUGUGUCCCUGUGGUCACAUGACAUGUGAAGAGUGCUCCAAGUGCAUCGAAAAUUGUCCACAGUGCCGAGCGGGUGUCGAGAGGUUUCAAAAAGUCUUCCAAGAUUUUGGUUUUCACCGUAGAAAAGAACAACAAAUAGUGUGAGCUCUUGUUGUUUUUCGAAUAUUGUUAUGAUUAAUCACCACAGUCAUUCAUUGAAGACAUAGCAACAUUUUCCUCGUGAGUUCAGGCCUAAUGUGAGGAUUUAUUCCUGAACGUUUGACAAUUUUUCUAAACCAGUCAGGCUCACAUUCCUCGGAUGAUUAAAAAAAUGGAUUAAAUUUUCCUUAACCUAUGGUGACCGUUAAGAGUGACAUUUACUACGUGAUGAUUGGCAGCUAAUAAUUGUGACAUUUAUAAAGAAGACAUCAUAGCAGAUUACAAGCUUCAAGAAUUGAAAUUCAAAAAAUUCAAAAAAAAAUUUUUCCUCAAUGGAAUUUGAAGCUCAGCAUUGAUUUGGUUUUGAAAAGAAAAGGCAAGUCAUGUUUUUCAUUGAUGUGAUCUUUCAUCCCAUGAUUUGGAAUAUAUAUUUCAUGGGACAUUUUUAUGCUCAUUGGCAUUAUAUGUAUAUAAAUUACCAUGUCGGCUUUUUAAAAAAAAACUGUCUUUCAUAUGUGGCAUAUGGGUUUUUAUAUUCAUAAUUUUCACAACACUGCUAAACUCACACUGACCUGCCAUUUUGUCCCACCAUUUUAUCUUAUUAAAAAAACUUUACAGGUCUUAUAAUAUAGUAUUUUAAUUCAGCAUCUCGAAAUUUCUAAUUUGUUUUAAAUUUAGCAUCUGUUGCUUUAUUUUUCUUUUUUUUAACUCGUCUCAAAAUUUAAGCUGGCUUAAAACAUUUUGAUGUGUUUAAAUUUUAAAAUUAAUUCACUCUUUUAGGUUAUAGCACUUCAUAAAUCAUUUUGUCAACAAUGAUUGUGUAAAUAUAGCACAUUUCAUUUUUACCCAAAGUGAUAUCAAUGUCUAGCCUCAUUAAAAUUGUAUAUAAUUUUCUGGCCAUUCCUUAAAAAGUAAACUUGUAAAAGUUUUGAGGUUUUUUUUAAAAGUGUCACAAUUUUAAAGUUUAAAAAAUUUCAGGUUUUAAUUUUAUUAGCUUUUAAAGUAAAACAGGAGAGAUCGGAUAUGAUAUCUUAGUUAUUCAACUUAGCUUCUUCUUCUUAUAUUUGAGGGGCCCACGAUCAAUUUGUUGAUCAUUCCGGCUCCUGGUUUAAAUUCAGAGUUUGCCUUCUCAGUUUGGGUGGUAUCAGAACUGGUUUAUCCUUCAAAUGUCUAAGAAACUUGACCAUGUUGUUUUUUCAAAUAUUUUAAUAAAAUAGUAGUAAAAUUUAUUUGAAUGGCUGCAAAUUUGAUAAAACGGAUGUAAACUUGUAAUAGAAAGCUUCACUUUUACACCUCAAUAGAAAUGGGGUAAUGCGAAAUGGGAUGAAAUAAAGAGGUGUUUGAGAACCUUUGGUUUAGGUGUAAGCAAGUUGUGAAGCAAAGGAGCAGUUACUUUGUGAAAAACAGGAAUAAUCUACUGUGAUAGAGCCAUUUGGUUGUUUUUAUUUAAAUUGUAAUGAUCAUUAAUUAUUUCAAAUGUUUUCUUUAUGAAUAGAUAAUUUUUUAGAUUGGGGAAGGGAAAAGACUUUUAAUCUGAAUUUUUUUGUUUGUGUAAAUGAGAAACUUGACACCAGUUAAAAAGUGCAAAGUAAUUUUUUCAGAGCAAUACAUUGCUUGGUUCAAAAAGAAAAUUACAUGAUUUUUUUUUUUUUUUAAAUUUAAAAUUUACCUCUACCUAAACAAUAUUCUUUUAAUGAAAUUUGCUCCAAACAUUUUCCAAAUUUUGCCCUCAACAUUAUCCAUGAUAUUUUACUGUAACAUAUGCGGACAGAUUAUUAACAUUUUGUAUUGAUUUUUAUUUAACAAAUGAAAUUUUCUCCCCUACUUACAACUUGAUGUUUACAACAAAAAAUCUGUAUCUUAAGACUU